GCCAUGGCGUGCUUCGUGCGGGAGCUGGAGCGACGCGGGGGGCCGGCCCUGCGGCUGGAGCAGCGGGCGGCGGGCGGCGUGGGCUGCGUGGUGUGGGACGCCGCCUUGGUGCUCGCCAAAUUCCUGGAGACCGGUGCUUGUCCCCUCGCCCGCCGCCACGUCCUGGAGCUGGGAGCCGGUACCGGCGCCGUCGGCAUCAUGGCGGCCACGCUGGGGGCAGACGUGACGGUCACUGACCUGGAGGAGCUGCAGGAGCUGCUGCUGGUCAAUAUCGAGAAGAACAGACACCUGGUGACAGGGUCAGUCCGAGCCAAGGUACUGAAAUGGGGUGAAGAUGUGACAGAGUUUCAGCCUCCCCCCGAUUAUAUACUAAUGGCCGAUUGCAUUUACUACGAGGAGUCAUUAGAGCCACUACUGAAGACACUGAAAGACCUUACCGGCCCCGAUACGUGUGUCUUGUGCUGUUACGAACAGAGGACUAUGGGGAAGAAUCCUGAAAUUGAGAGAAAAUACUUUGAGCUGCUUCAGGUGGACUUCGAGCUGGAAAAAAUUCCCCUGGAUAAGCACGACGAGGAGUAUCGCAGCGAAGACAUUCAUAUCCUGACUAUCCACAGGAAACGGACGAAUUUUCCAUCGUGAGAUCUCUGACCACAUGAACUGUCCUCUGGCAGCUGGUAGAGCUCUGGAGAAGAGGGAGAGGGUAUAGAAUAACACCACAAAGGGACUGUCUCCGGUGUGGUUUGUGACUCAUUUGUGGAAAACGGCUUCUCGAUGGUGGACUUGGCAUGGGGCACCAGAAGAAGUGGGCUCGUUAGACCAGAUCCACUGAUAAUGCCUUCCCGGAGGACAGACGUGCGCUGCCGAUGGCUGCAGGCUGGGGAAGGCAGAAAACGGAACCAGCGCUUCACGUGUUCUGGUCACCUCCUUGUUGGAGCAGCGGGCGGUUGGCUGAGUGCUCUGAGAUCUUGAGGGCACCCCACCGAAGGCUUUCUGCAAGGAGAAAACUCAGCGAGUGGGCUCAGUCACACAGCCCCAGGUGGCCAGGCAAUAAAACAUCUCCACUUGA